AAGCAUGUGUGGCCUUCUAUCGUGAAUAUGUUGCUGUGGGAACAUCCGGAAGUCCCAGAGUUCGCGUGUCCAUCACGCGAUACAGAAACAAGUGAUAUGGACGACGGGAAAUGUAGUUGGAGGACAGAUUACCCGAAAUGCAACAGCACAGGGGGGAAUACCACCAGGCGGGCAAUAGGAAAAGAAGCAGCAUGCGAGGAUUCGAACUGUGACGUUUGGCAGAUAAACAGAACCAAAGAAGAAGAGAAGAAGUGCGGAAACAGAGCGGACUUGAGUUUCAAACCCUCCAUGUUUGUGUUGUUGUGCUCUGAGUAAAGAUCCAACCGCAGAUUCGUCUCUCACGCCGGUGUCACUCAUGGCUAACUAGCGUGUUAGCUGUGAUGCUGGAUCAUCUCGGCGAGAGGGUGAAGUCCAGAUAAGCCGCUCGGUGAUUAAUGUUAAAAUAAAAAUGUCCGGCUUCAACUUUGCAGCGGGGACCCUCGGUCCCACCACCGCGGGCGGGGGGUUCGCCUUCGGAGCGGUAACCAGUGCACCUGCAGCCAGCACCGGUGGCUUCUCCUUCGGGAGCGCUCUUGGUGCAGCAGCAGCAGCAGCUCCCCCGGCCUCCACCACCAGCACAGCCCCAUCUCUGGGCCUGGGCGGCAGUCUCUUCGCUCAGAAACCUGCUGGAGGGUUGUCUUUUAACACGCCUGCCCAAAGUAACACCAUCACACAGGCCCAGUUCACAUCUGGCACUGUUGCACCCACCACAGGCCUUACAUUAGGUGCUCCAGCCACUUCAGUUGCCCCCACAGGCUUUAGCCUAGCUCUCAACAAGCCGACAGCCUCAGCAACACCAUUCUCCCUCAGCGCCCCCACCUCGUCAGCCCCUGCUGGGGCAGGUUUAACGUUUGGCUCUGUCCUGACAUCCAUGGCUCCGCAGCAGCCUGCAGCCACGGCCUUCACCCUCGGUCUUGGUGCCGCCACAACAACCACCACAGCAGCCUUAACGGGCCCAUCACUAGGCGGGGGACUCUUCUCCAACACAAUGUCUACAGGUUUGGGUCAGACCGCACUUGGAGGAGGCAGCUUGACAUUAGGUUCUCUGUUAGCAACUUCCACAGCUGUAUCAGUGGCCCCUGCCCCCAGUCUUGGCCUUGGAGGAGUUGACUUCAGCACUUCAUCAGAGAAUAAGAGCGACUCAUCGUCUGGAGCCAACGCACAGGACAGUAAAGCUCUAAAAGAUGAAAACUUGCCCCCAGUCAUUUGUCAGGAUGUGGACAAUUUCCAAAAAUUUGUGAAAGAGCAGAAACAAGUUCAGGAGGACAUCAGCAGGAUGUCAUCUAAGGCCAUCUCUAAAGUCCAGGAUGACAUCAAGAGUCUCAAACAGCUUCUCUCUGUCAACGCCAGCGGUCUGCAGCGCCAAGCUCUGGCCAUCGACAAGUUAAAGCUGGAGACGGCGCAGGAGCUUAAAAAUGCCGACAUAGCACUGCGGACACAAAAGACGCCCCCUGGACUUCAACAUGAAAAUACUGCACCAUCUGAUUAUUUCCGCAGUCUGGUUGAACAGUUUGAGGUGCAGUUGCAACAGUACCGACAGCAGAUAGAGGAGCUAGAAAACCACCUGACGACGCAGAGCAGUGGCUCCCACAUCACCCCUCAGGACUUGACCUUGGCCAUGCAGAAGUUGUACCAGACAUUUGUUGCUCAGGCCGCCCAGCUCCAGUCAGUUAAUGAAAAUGUCAAGAUCCUGAAGCACCAGUACCUCUCCUUUCGCCGGGCCUUCCUGGAAGACUCCACAGACAUCUUUGAGUCCAAACGGGCCUCCAACAGGAAGUGGCAGAGCACGCCGCGAGUCACAACCGGGCCUGCCCCAUUCUCCAGUGUGCCCAACGCCGCAGCAGUUGCAAUGGCAGCCACGUUGACCCAGCAACAGCAGCCAGCUCCAGGGACCCAGGCACCCUUGGGGGCAGGGUUUGGAAACCCCUUUGCCUCGGCAGUGGGCACUAGCUUGGGCUCUUCUACCCUUGGAGGUUUUGGUGGUGGGCCAGGAUUUGGUGGGGUGGGGACUGGGGGGUCUUCUUUUGCCUUCUCCUCCACCAGUAAGCCCACAGGAGGCAGUCUGAGUGCAGGCUUUGGCAGCAGCAGCAACUCAGGCUUCAACUUCAGUAACCCUGGCAUCAACCCCUCGGCUGGUCUGACCUUCGGCGUGUCGAACCCACCUGCCGCAGGCUUCGGCACGGGAGGGCCCCUUCUCCAGCUCAAGAAGCCCCCUGCUGGUAAUAAAAGAGGCAAGAGAUAGGAGCAGGGAAAGACAGAGAGAAACCCUGCGACUGACCAGCUUGGGGUUUGCACUGGGUAAAGCCUGGUCUCCCAAAAAGCAUUCAAGCGCUACAAUAGUCCAGUCAAAGAAAAUGUGCAUUUGAAGAAAUCAUCAGGGACGUGAUUGAAAACAACACCGAACAGCAGCACAGGAUCAUAAAAUCACAUUGACCAGCUAGUGUUAUCUUUCUCUCUUACAAUUAAAUUGAGUAUUAUUCCAAAUUUCUGAGUAUUCAUACAAAAAAUUGAUGAAAAAAUAGCGGCUGCAUAUAUGUAAAUAUGAGAAUCAGAUUUGCAUCACCUCCGAACAUCACGAUCUGGAGUGCUGCUAUGCUUUUUGGGUUACCAGCCAUGGACAGAGGUGGGUCAAAUACACGUCAUAUCAGCUAUGUGAGGAAUUGCUUUAGUCUGAAAAUUUCACAAAGAUGGAUAAGCUUUUGCGCUAAAAUGUUCUAAAACAUUUUCUAUCAGCUGGAACCCUGCACCCAGAUGCCUCAAAUAAUGACGUGGCCCAAAUCUUGUCCAAGAAAGGGUAAGAUAUGUAGUAAGGAGAAGAAGGUCAUGGGGUAUUGGUUGGGAACAGCAGAGAUGGUGUCAGUGGGGGUUAUUAUCUGAUUCUGGAUAGUUUUUUUAGCCACAGGAGAAUGUCCAGGGUGGGUUUUUUGGGGGAAGCACAGUUUUAUUUUUGUACCAGGUGGAGAAAGAGACAUUGGAGAGGGGUAAAAAAGGGGGACUGCCACCUCGGGAUCUAGUCCACAUAACCUGUGUUGUUUGUUUUCUCUAGACUCCAUCCUUAUAAUUGUUUAAUUUACUUUUUAGACACUUUCUGUUUUCCCCUGUGUACCACUGUAAGAAGUCGGGAGAGGAAACUGCGCUGUUUGUAUUACAUGGCUCCCGUAAGAUGUUAAGUUAGCUCAAUCUAAAAGGGAUUUUCACGAGCAGAUUCCACCCAAGCGACUCAAUUUAUAGACGUGCUAGAACAAGUUUGCACUUGCCGGUGUAUGUGACCUGACAGUGAUUGUGUGAAUGUGCAUGUGUGUCUAUCAUAGUUGCUCGACUUCUGUUGUGGUUGUGUGGCGGGUAAUCUGCUUUUUUAAACUGUCCAAGUCUUUUCAGAUACCAAAUACUGGUAGUUGUACUAUUAUUUUCUAAUAACAGUCUGUGUAAACCUGUAUUUUCAAGAAGCUGUUUAAUAAUAAAAUCUUCAAUAUGC